AUGCAAGAGCAGGACUUAAAGCAAAGGCUCUAUGAAGAUCUACAAGAUACGUGUUAUCUUGUGGUACUUGAUGAUGUAUGGAAGGAAGAAGCGUGGGAUUGUCUAUCUAGGGCCUUUCCUGAUGUUAGUACAUCAAGUAGAUUGCUACUUACAAGUAGCAAUCGGGAUGUUGCUCUACACGCAGAAGCUCUUAGCAUCCCAUAUGAGUUGAAAACUUUCGGGCAGGAAGACAGAUGGCAGUUGUUUCUCAGAAAGGCCUUAGGCCCUGGGGCUGAUGGUGGGUGUCCUCUGUAUUUGGAAGAAGUAGGCAGAGAUAUUGUAAGGAUAUCUGCUGGUCUACCACUGGCCAUCGCAGUUACUGGUGGCCUGCUACCGGGCAAGAAAAAAUUGAAGAGUGAAUGGGAGUAUGUUCUCAACAACUUUAGCACAUAUCUAUCAAGGAGAAAGAGUGAAGCAUGGGCAAUUUUAGAAUUUUAUGCAGACCUUCCUCCCAAUCUGAUAUUUGGCCUUUUAGGGAAUAAUGCAGAAAAUUUGGAGAAAACUGCAGCAUACGAUGUGGAACAACUUACUAGCAGAAAUAUGGUUCAAGUGGCGGAAAUGACUUUUGAUGACUGGAUUAGAAGCUGUAGACUCCAUGAUUUAUUCCGAGAACUUGCUAUCAGAAAGCUUUCACACUUACAAGGAAAGGUUAAUCUUAGCUUCAAAAGUUCCAGAAAGCUUAAGGUAGCAGACCUUGAGAAUGUUAACAUUAAUCGCUUGCCAAAAGAAAUUGGUGAAGUCAGGCUUCUGAUUCUGAGGUACCUUGGUUUAAGAGAGACAUUGAUUGAAAAGCUCCCUCAUUCCUUAUGUUGCCUGCAAAACUUGCAUACUCUUGACAUAGUCAACUUGGAUUCGGAAGUGGAAGUUUCAGAUUUCGUUUGGAAGCUUGAAAGUUUACGGCAUCGAUUUUCACUUUGA